AUGUUAAUGAAUUAUUCAAUGCAUCUCGUAUUAUGGCUUUUAAUUCAAUUAUUAGUUGAAGUAGAAUGUCAAACGGCUCCUUUCAAGCCAGCACAACGUAGCGGCCAUUCUGCUACACUUAUUGACAGUAAUUUGUAUAUCUUAGGUGGUCGAAAUGAGGAGACUGAAAGAGUUGGAAGUGAAUUUUUUUAUCUUGACGUUUCUGUUUCAUUUAAUACUCAAAAUAUUUUAUGGCGUGAUUUAACAAGCAUUAAUAUAGUUCCAAAGCAUAAUGCAGCUGCAUCUGUUAGUGGUGGUGAAAAUAAUAAAACCUUGUUUUUAUACGGUGGAAUUCCUUAUUAUAAUGCAGCAAUGGAUUUAGUUUAUACAUUUGAUACUCAAAGUAAUUCAUGGGGUAUUCCAAAAAUAACAGGCGACAAUAUUGUUAUGAAAAAUAACCUAAAAGGAAUUGUUAAUGAUUAUGGGAAAAUGUUUUUAUUUGGUGGACUAUUUAAUGGCACUACUCAAAAUGAUAUGCUUAUUUUAGAUACAAAAAUUUUGAAAUGGGAGUUAGGAAGCGCAAUUAAUGCACCUUCUCCAAGGGCUGUUUAUGGUGCAACUUAUGUCUCAGAACAGCAUAUACUUUAUCUAGGUGGCUUUUCUACCGCAUCUAGUGUUGAUGGUGCAUCUUUAUCAUUGAAAGAGAUUUAUUACUAUGACAUGGUUAAAAAUUUGUGGCUGACAAGAGUGACUUCUGGUGCAAUUCCUUCUGAUAGAGAUUCCUUUUCUUCGGUCCUUGGUUUGGAUGGACAAAAAGUAAUAAUCUUUGGAGGAAUAAAUAAUAUUAAUAAACUCAAACCUCAGGAUGCUCUUUAUGUAUUGGACUUAAUAAAUUUUGUAUGGUAUAUACCAAAAAUUUCUGGAAGUAUUCCAGGUUCCAGAUAUUGGCACCGAGUGAAUGUAAUUGGAAAAUAUAUAGUUAUAUCAUUUGGAUUUGGUUAUAAUAGAAAUAUUGACAAUGAUAUCUUAUUGCUUGAUAUAAGUAAUGAUGAAGAAUAUAUGUGGACAAACAUUUUCGAUCCAAAUGAGCAGCCUCCUCCAAAAGUUUCACAAACUAAUUUUCCAAAAGUUUCACCAACUAUUCCAAUACCAGUUAUAAUUGGAGUAUCUAUAGGAACAUGUUUAGUUAUUAUUUUUUUAUUACUUGGAGGCUUUUACUUGUAUAAAUGGAAUAAAAAUAGAAGGGAAAAUAUAAGAGCAAUACCAACUCCUGGAAGUGAAGGUAAUUACAAUUUUAAUCAUGAAGCUUUAGAAAUUCCUACCAGAAAUAGUGUUUAUAAUCAUGGACAAGAAACAAUUCCAGCACAUUAA